AUGUUGAUUGUGUCUUCUGAGCUAAAAGACGGCAAGUCUGUCCUGAAAGGUCAUGCCUCUGAGUCGCCUAGGCUGUCUAAACGAUUAACUGUGCGGGACGGUGCCGGACCAUCGUAUUCCUCUUAUCCUGAGGAACCUCAGACUGUGCGGGGCGGUGCCGUUUUCCCAAAAAAUAAGAGGUUUCCCUGUACUGAGUGUGGAAAAUGUUUUUCAAAGAAGUCCAUUCUUUACACACAUCAGAGGACCCACACAGGGGAGAAGCCGUAUCCCUGUCCUGAGUGUGGGAAAUGUUUUUCAGCUAAGGCCAAUCUUCGAUAUCAUCAGCAACGGCACACGGGGGAGAAGCCGUAUUCCUGUUCUAAGUGCGGGAAAUGCUUUAUACAAAAAUCAGCGCUUGUUACACAUCAAUGGUCUCACAUGGAGAAAAAGCCUUAUUCUUGUUCUGAGUGCGGAAAAUGUUUUGCAAGGAAAUUCAUUCUCAGCACACACCAAAUGUCUCACACAGGUGAAAAGCCGUAUUCCUGUCCUGAGUGCAAAAAAUGUUUCUCAUCUAAGUCCCAUCUAUCUGAGCAUCAAAGAUCUCACACAGGGGAGAAGCCACAUUUCUGUCCUCAAUGUGGGAAACAUUUUGCAAGUAAAUCAAGCCUUGUCAGACAUCAGAGAUCUCACACGGGGGAGAAGCCGUAUUCCUGUCCUGAGUGUGGGAAAGGUUUUUCAGAUAAG